AUGUCGGAGAGCUCGCUGCCCGACAUCUUCGCGGACCUGGUGCCAGGGUCCAAGGCCAGGGACUCGGUGAACGACGACAGCGUGCUCCCUAGCAUCAAGUCCAACGAUCGUGUGCUUAGUAGCCCGAAACGGAACCAGCCCGGUCCACCGAUGGCACAGCACAAGGAAGGCCUCAAGGAGCUGGACCCUGCGCUGCAGAGUUUCUUGGGCAAGCUGACGGAGGGCCUGCAGCGGGUCGUCGAGUCCGUGGACAGACGCCUGGAGUCGCUGGAGAACCGGGUGGAGCAGACGGGUCGAGCCCUGGCAGACCUGCAGGAGGUGGGGGCGGUGAGGGAUGACGCCGCCAGGGAGAGGUUUGGCGGCCUGGAGAAGUCGCUGCGUGAGGUGCACCGCUGCGUCCAGAUCAUCCGCGACAAGCAGGAGCUGGCCAGCGCGGCGGACGAGCUGCGCCAGCUCUCCACCCAGUCCUCCGGGCCCUCCCUGGCCGAGGUCAGGCACGCCGCCGACACUGGCGCCGCUGGUGCAGGGGACGCGCCGGCGGCCAUCGGGCCCCCCGCUGCGACCACCGCUCCUGCCGCAGCCGCUGGCAAGCCGCUGGCCGGGUCGUACGACAGGGCCUACUCCUUGGGCUCGGUGUCCUCCGCCGGCGGGGUGCAGGGCCCCAGCGGGCCCAUGAACUCGCCAAGCGCUGGGGCGGGGGGGCCUUCGCAGUAUGGCGGGCAGUACCCUGCGGCCCCUCCGUCCUAUGGUGGGGCGCCGCACGCAUACGUGCCCAUGCCUCCACCAGGCUACACCCGCACCACCCGCCCCGGGCCCGCGCCCUCUUCCUCCUCCUUCACGCGCAACGAGGAAGCCCCCUCGGCCGAUGGCGGUCAGGCAGUGCCGAUCGAGAAGGUCAUCGACGACGUGGCGGUCAUGGGCUUCUCCCGCGAGGAGGUGCGUCGUGUCCUGAAGCAGCUGAUGGAGUCGGGGCAGUCAGUGGACCUGAAUGUCGUCCUGGACCGCCUGGGAGCGAGGUGA